AUGGAUAAACUCCAGGCUUUUGGAAAGAACUUAAACGCCCAGUUCACGCCUUUUGCAGCGCGAACCCAGCAGUUUGUCAAGGAGCAGCUCGGCACGGCGGAUGAGAAGACGCAGCUUCCGGACGAUUAUCUCGAGCUCGAGAAGCGUGUCGAUGCUUUGAAGCAGGUUCAUCAGAAGCUUCUUUCUGUGACCUCCCAGUACUCGAACGAGGCUUACGACUACCCCCCUAACAUCCGCGAAUCCUUCAAUGAUCUCGGUCGCACCAUCAGCGAGAAAGUCAACCUCCUUUCUCACGCUUCUUCCCCCGCCGAAGCCCAGGCUGCCUUGACUGCACCACCCUCCGCAAAACCUCAACCAAAGACCUUCAGCCAUGCCAUCGCCCGCGCUUCCCUAGCUGGAUCACAGCUAAUCGCCCAAACCACCCCCGCCGAGGACCCCCUCUCCACUGCAUUGGAGAAAUACGCCCUCGCACUGGAGAAAGUGGGCGAAGCCCGAUUGGCGCAAGACGCUCAAAUUCAGUCUCGGUUCUUGGCCGGAUGGAAUACCACGCUAAACACGAAUUUGACCUUCGCGACCAAGGCCCGUCGUAAUGUGGAGAAUGCGCGACUCAAUUUGGAUUCCAUCAAGGCUAGGAAGAAGGCCGCUGCGGGUGGGGAUUUGGAUAAUCUGAGUGAGGAUGCUCGUAUUGAGAUUGAGCAGGCUGAGGAUGAGUUCGUGGGACAGACUGAGGAGGCCGUUGCUGUGAUGAAGAAUGUUCUCGAUACUCCUGAGCCAUUGAGAAACCUCGCAGAUUUGAUUGCCGCUCAGCUCGAGUACCACAAGCGAGCAUACGAAAUUCUCUCCGAGUUGGCUCCCGUCGUCGAUGGGCUGCAAGUUGAGCAGGAGGCCAACUACCGUAAGAGCCGUGAAGGUGCUUAAACCGAGAGUACUCAUUCCUGUUCUUUUUGAGUCUUGUGUUUUCCGCUCAGCCCGCCUUAUUCAUUGGCGUGGGUGUUUCUUUUGAAAGCUUGUGAUUCCCGGACCGUAUGGAUAACCGUCGUUUCUAUGAGGAAUGGAGAUUUUGUUCUAUGUAUUUUCAUUUUUCUUUAUCCUUGCCGAAUUGACGUUGGUAGAUCUUUAUUACUUUGAAGUAACCUGUUUGGCCGAUUUUUACUAU